UUGAUUGGUCAAAGGCGUGACGUAUUGCGCACUGACGUCAAUGAUGGCCAUGGCGGAGAGGGCCGCGCGAGUUCUGUGGGCCGGUGGCCGUGUCGCGCUGACGUUAAGACAGGGCCCGGGCCGGGAUCGGGGCCUCGCGCUCAGCGCGGCCGUUAGGCCCUGCCUGGAGUGGGGCCUCGCGCUCAACGCUUCCGUUAGGGCCUGCUCGGGUCGGAACGUUAGCGGCCUCGCCGUCCGCAGGUUUUUCUGUACAGCUACUCAACAGAAAAACACUGGACAAAGCUACGAUGAUGACCAAAACCAGACUCAGAAUGCAGACAAAGGAGAACCUAGCCCAGCAGAGAAAAUACUUUUCGAGGAAAAGAAUAAGCUGGAGGAGCAACUGAAGGACCUUACAGACAAGUAUAAACGAGCACUAGCAGAUGCUGAAAACCUACGUCAAAGGAGCCAGAAACUGGUUGAAGAAGCUAAAUUAUAUGGUAUUCAGGGAUUCUGCAAAGACCUAUUGGAAGUGGCAGAUAUUCUUGAAAAAGCAACAGAGAGUGUGCCAAAAGAAGAGCUCACAGGACAGAACCCCCACUUGAAGAGUCUUUAUGAAGGUCUAAUCAUGACCGAAGGACAACUUCAGAAAGUGUUUUGCAAGCAUGGUCUCGUCAAACUGAACCCCCUUGGAGCAAGGUUUGAUCCAUAUGAGCACGAAGCUCUCUUCCACACUCCAGUGGAAGGAAAAGAGCCUGGUUCAGUGGCACUAGUGACCAAGAUAGGGUACAAGCUUCAUGGACGCACCCUUCGGCCAGCAUUAGUCGGUGUUGUCAAAGGAACAGAAUAACUUUGUUUAGGACAGACUGCAGUAUAGUGCAAAAAGGCCAUACAGUUCCAUUCUUUGAAUAUUGGAUAUUGUUUUUCUGUUUAUGAAGAAUUGAAAAUAAUCACAAGAUACUAUACAAAAACUGAGGAUUUGAAGAUGUUUCACAAUUAAGUGAAAUGAGAUUUUUUUCUUCUGUCUUGAGUAUUGGUCCUCAAUAAAUAUUCAAAUCUA